GGGACGGAAAGUGGAAGUCUUACCAAGUGAUGUGCUUCCAUCUCAUCUUUCCUCUUAUUUCCGGGCAAGAAUGUUGAAACGCUGCCCACUUGCACACUAAAUAUCUCUACUCCCUUAGAGGGCUUGCUGCAGCACUGAACUUGCUUGCUUUCAACUAGAGGGCCUUUAACCCAUUAACUCCCUUUCCUUUACUCUUGCCUAUAGUUUCAUUCUUGAUUUAUUUAUUUGCUCACGUCAGAGCUUCAGUUUUCUGUUAAUGGCUUCCACUUCGACACCUGGUCGAGGACAGCAGGAAAGACAUCCACUUUUGGCCAUUGAACCUUCCCACGGAGGGAUAAAACCCUCCUUGACUGCAAAACAGUUUUAUGUAUUCAUCAACCAUCGAGGCCCAGAUGUCAAAAAGACUCUGGCUGAGCAGCUUUAGGAUUCUCUAAAGGAAGCUGGGAUCCCGGCAUAUCUAGAUUCUGAAGAGACUGAAUUGGGAGAUUCAAUUUCUUCCACCAUAAAGAACGCCAUAUACUCUGCCAGACUACACAUCGCCAUCUUGUCACCGAGAUAUGCAGAGUCUCCGUGGUGCUUAGCUGAGCUAGCUUUGAUGUUUCAAACCAAGGCCAAACUUAUUCCUCUGUUUUACCAUGUUGACCCUUCAGACUUCCGCCAUAUAAAAGGAAGAGUUGCGGAUGCAUUUUCCAAACACGAAGAGAAGCGCAGAUAUCCUAAGGAUGACAUUGAACAGUGGAAAGUGUGCCUCAAGAACGUUUCAGAGAUCAAGGGCUACGAAUUUAACGGACAAAAUGAAUCAUUAUGGAAUUCAAUUUUGGAAAAUAUUAUGAAGUUGCUGUCUGAUUGCAUAGGAAUACAGCUUUCGUCCACUGGGAGCGAUCAGAAAAAGUUGUGUAAUGGCAUGGUGUCUGCUGUGAUGAACGAGAAGCAAAAGAGGAAAAUUCCUUUCCAAGCUGCAAAAUAUGAGGUUGGACUUCAUAAGCUUGUGAAUGAUUUCCACGGCCAUUGCCGGAGAAAUGGGCAGAUGAUAGAUAAAAUAAUUGGCAUCUACGGAAUGGGAGGGUCUGGCAAGACCACUCUCGCCAAAUAUUUGUUCAAUCACAAACAUUCAGAAUUUAGUGGAUCAACUUUUCUCUUUGAUGUACGGGAACAACAAGUCAAAGGUGAGUUGACUUCUCUGCAAAGUAAGCUUCUCAAAGAUCUUCAGCUGGAAGGAAAUAGCAUUCCUAGCAUAGAAGAUGGGAUCGCCGUUAUCAAGCAUAAUCUUGAGAGGAGAUGACGUUGAUAAUCAGCAGCUGUUAGAUGCACUUUUACCCACAGAUGCCCUCAAUCCCAAUAGUUUGGUGAUUGUCACAACCCGUGACGAGGGUCUUCUUAAACAGGCCAGAGUCACAGUUCAGAAAUGAAUCCACAGCAUAGCAGAGAGCUCUUCUGCUGGCAUGCAUUUCAAAGACAAUCUUGUGGAAGUGGAUAUGAUAAUUUGGUAGACAGCUUUGUCAAUUUGUGUAAAGGUUCACCUCUUGCCCUUAAAGUAAUGGGCGCGCAUGUUUCUAGCGGUGAAAAGGCUUAUUGGAAGUUACAGUUAGAUGUUGUUAAGGCAAGGCUACACAAAGACAUAAGAGAUACUCUUAAAAUAAGCUAUGAUGCUCUGGAAGAGGAUCAAAAACAGAUCUUUAAUGAUAUAGUGUGCUUUUUCAUAGGGGAACGUGUGAGCACGGCAAUAAAUAUAUGGAAGGCUUCAAGGUGGAGAGCCGAACAUGCACUUCAGACCCUCAAGGACAAAUGCCUUGUUGAAACAAUACUCCGUGGUGGGGAAUUAACAUUUCCUGAUACAAUAGACUAUUAUGAGCCACCAUUUUAUUUCAGAAUGCAUGAUCAUCUCCGCGACUUGGGGAGAGAACUGGCAGAUAAUGAAACGAACCAUCCUCUUCGACGGUGGCGUCCUGAAGAUCUUGUAUGUGUUUUUUGAUGUCUUAAAUUCAUGGUCUUACUUGGAAAUGGUUUGUUAUCUAUAAGCUGUUUAAACAUUUACGCGUAACUUAGAUGAACAUUUUCUAAUUUCAAAGAAAUCUGGAUUCCGAUUGGAAUAAGUGAAAUCAAGGGAUUCCAGAACAUCCUCAUGCGGUCCGAAGGAAGUUGUUUCAGAUGUUACAGUCGUAUUGAGGACAAAGAAUGUGGUCUUGAUAUGAGAUGUUUUCUGGAGAGUUCAAGGACAUCAAUUGAUUUACGAUGGCUUGAACUUGAAUAUGAGAUUCCGGAAUGGAUUCCUCUACAAAAUUUGCACACUUUAAUGCUUGAAUGAGUAUCUCUUUCGAGGUUGUGUCAAAGGGAU